GGUCGGGGUGCGGCCUUGGGCCUGGCGGGAGGUGCCGGGGAGCGGCCCGUGCGGCGGCUCCGCCGUCCUCGCAGCGUCCCGGUGCGGGGCCUCCGUGUGCGCCGGGCCGGCCGGGAGCGGGGCUCGGCUGUGCCGCGGGUUGAAGCGGCCCGAGCCGCCCUGCCGACGUGCUGCCGGUACCGCCUCUGCCCCGCCGACCCCCGGACGGACGGACGGACGGACAGACAGGCAGGGCCCGGGCUGACCCCGAACGCUGACGGCCGGCACCGGGCGGCCCAUCGCCGCGCACUGCUGGGUGCCGGGAAAGCCGCUGUGCGCGGAGCUCCCGCUGCUGCCCGGCGCGUCCCCGCGCUCGCCCUCCCGCCGCUGCCGUCGCUGUUGACCCGCUCUGAUGAAUGAAUGCCGGCGUCCCUUCACGCCCUGCCCGGUUACCCCGGACGUUUGGGGCCCGCCGGUUGCACACGGAGGAGGUGCGAGCCGCCCCCCGCCCCGCAGCUGACGCUGACCGGCUGCUCACCGCCCCGCUGCGGUUCCCAGGCAUGAAUGACCAGGCUCACCCCCAGCACUGAGCAGCCACAGCCGGGCCACCAUGCCAAUCCCACCCCCGCCGCCGCCGCCCCCCGGCCCCCCGCCGCCCCCCACCUUCAGUCAGGCGAACACAGAACCACCAAAAUUGAGCCGAGAGGAGCAGCGCGGCCGUGGAGCCCUCCUGCAGGACAUCUGUAAAGGGACCAAGCUAAAGAAGGUGACACAAAUCAAUGACCGGAGCGCCCCGAUCCUAGAGAAGCCCAAGGGCAGCGGUGGCAGCAGCUACGGCUCCAGCUCAGCUGCGAUCCAACCCAAAGGUGGCCUCUUCCAAGGGGGUGUGCCCAAGCUCAGACCUGUGGGAGCAAAGGACAGCUCAGACAGCUCCGGGAAGCAAACCCUGCAAGUCCCCGGCUCCAGAGCUGCUGCCCCCAGGCCCCCGGUGCCGGCCAGCAACAGCCGACCUCAGGAUGAUUCUGACAACAGCCGAGGCUCUCCGCCGGAGCUGCCACGCACGCAGCGGCCGUCCCUUCCAGACCUCUCCCGGCCCGGCACCGCCGGUGGCACCGGCAUGAAGCACAGCUCGUCUGCACCGCCGCCUCCCCCCCCAGGCCGCCGUGCCGCCGCGCCGCCCGCCCCCCCGCCUGCACACGGCCCCAAGGUCUCCUCCUACAACCGGGAGAAGCCCCUGCCGCCCACCCCGGGACAGCGAGCGCCUGCUGGCAGGGACGGACCCCCCGCCCCCCCACCCGUCAAGCCCCCGCCCUCCCCAGUCAGUAUCCGAACGGGGUCGGGGGCUCAGAGCCAGUCCCUCGCUCCCCCACCGCCCCCUUACCGGCAACCCCCCGGCGUCCCCAACGGCCCUUCCAGCCCCAUCAACGAGUCUGCCCCGGAACUGCCGCAGAGGCACAACUCCCUGCACAGGAAGACGCCGGCCCCCUUGCGGGGUCUCGCACCGCCGCCGCCUGCCUCGGCCUCCCCGUCCCUCCAGAGCAGCCGCCCCCCGCCGCCAGCCCGGGACCCCCCCAGCCGUGGUGCAGGUGAGAACUCUGCCCUUCUGAGCCUGGUUGUGGCUGGGCUGUUUGUGGCUGGUGGGAGAUGCCCAGGGAGCCGUUGGAGCUGGGAAGCAGUGAGGUGGUUCUUCCUGCACGGGGCAGUUGGCAUUGAGAUUGACCCAGGGGUGGCUUCUGGGUUCUCUCGUUCUGUUGACAGCCCUGGUUGUGCCUGGCUCUUUUUGUCUGUUGGCAGUAGGUUGUGGCUGUGCAACUCAAGCACAAGUGGCCACCGUAUCCUCCUGGGGUGGGAGAAGAGCAUGCUGGAACUGCAUGCUGUGGCUUCUCCCCUGAGCUUCCUAAAUGUUGCUGGGGCAGUGACAAAAAGCUGCAGCAGAGCCUCAGGAAUGCUCCAGCUCCAUUCUGUGUGCUGGAUUUGGCACUGCGAGGUUCAGAAACCCUGAUGCAGGCCUGGUGUCUCAUGUGUGCACACCAGUGGUGCUGUGGCCUCCUCCCAAGAGGUGACUGUGGAGUCCCCUCCUUGUCCCACUGCUGGGAGAGGGGACAGUGUUGUCCUGGUGCCCCUGCCUGCUGCUGAGCUCUAUGUCCAGCCCGCAGCUCCAGCCUGGGCCCCUGCCAAGCCGCCGUACUUCAGGCUCUGCCAGAAUCCUCUGCUGAGUUACGGCUGGCGGUCCGCUGCCUUAGUCUGUGUGUAAUUAGCCUAACAAGGAGCAUGACCUGCCACUGUACUUUGGUAGGAAUGAGGGGACAGUCAGCAGGGCCGCUGUUUUGGUAGCCUCUGGGCUGAGGGGCAGGGCUGGGGGCUCAUGCCCACCUGGCCCUGUUCCCCUCCACCCUUGGAGCUGGUGGGGAGGAUGUCCCUGAUCCCGCUGCAGGGCCGGGGGGUGUCGCCGUGGGUCCCCUUGUCCCACUGUGCAGAUGCUGACCUCGCUCUCCUUGCAGCCCCGCCACCCCCGCCACCCAUGCUGCGAAAUGGGGGGCGUGAUGCCCCCCCGCCCCCACCCCCCUACAGACUGCACGGUUC